CUGUGUCUUUAAGAGUAUUUUUAGGCUGCGAGUUGAUGAUGGUCAUUCGCGUGGAAAAUCAGAGUCCGUGGUGGCAGUACGGUGACAGCAUGCGAACAUGGAUGAUGAGAUGUUGAUGUGCUCUGGAUUUAAAAGCUUUUUAAGGAUUCUCACAUACACAGCCUAACGCCAUCUAAGACACUGGACUUGCCUUUGGUUGCUGGGAUUAACCUUGGUUAGGGAACUAGAGGUAGAUGUGAGGGGUAACUACAACCGAUGUGAGACGAACUCCAGUGAGCUUUACCCUUCCCAGCACCUUCCUACACCUUCAGAGCCCCUAUCCCUACAGCCAACAUGUUCUCCUCAAAUUUUCUGAGUGGGGGGAAUCCUCUAAGUGCAAUGUCCUCUGCUGUGAACAAGUUCAGUCUUUUUGGGGAUGAGACAAGUGUGGAAAAGCAACAGCCUCCAGGACCUACAAAGCAGAAGGAUUCUCAACAGCAGGGAAACAGCCAACCAAGUGGACAACAGCCACAGGGUGUGGGCAGGGGCAGCCAAGGAGCUGGACGUGGUGCAUCUCAACCACAAGCAACUGGACACGGAGGACCUGCACAUCAGGGAGCUGGUAGAGGAGGUCUACCCCAACACGGAGCUGGCAGGGGAGGGCUGCAACCGGGGGCAGGUGGGAGUGGAUCUCCUAAGCAGGCUGUAGGCAAAGUUGGAUCUCCGCAACAAGGCCCAAGAAAACCUGGGUCUCCAUCAACAGAGGCACGUAAAGCGGAACCCCAGGUGAAAGGUAGACCUGACCCAGGAGUGAAAUCCCUGUGUCCUGUUUGUAAAAACACAGAACUCAAUAUGAAGUCCAAGGAUUCGCCCAAUCACAACACCUGCACACAGUGUAAAUUAGUGGUCUGCAAUAUGUGUGGGUUCAGUCCUCCGGAUGCAACUGCUAAGGAGUGGCUUUGCCUGAAUUGCCAGAUGCAGAGAGCUCUGGGAGGUGCAGAGAGUAGUGGAUCCAUCCCAAAAGCUCAGCCACAGCCCAAAACCUCUGUACCAUCACAGAACCCUGGAAUGCACAAUGUUUCCCCCUUAAAAAAAGAUCAUCCAGAUAGUAAGCAGGUGCCCCUGUCUACCAGCCAGCCAAACAAACCAACAGAGGGUCAAAAAGCUUCAAGUCAGCCCAGCCCCAGUACAAGAAAUACCAACACAGCUACUCAUCCAUCACCACAGAGAGCUCAACAAAAACCUCUCCCGCAACAGACAGUAAAAGUUGCUCCUACUCCAGCCAAAAAUGAACCACUAUCACAUACUGAACCUAAAGAAGAGUCUGGAUUCUUUGGUUUUGGUUUCGGUGGUGCUCGAUCUCGCUCACCUUCUCCGCAACCUGGUGUCUCCACUGUUUCUGGAAAAGUUCUAGGGUUCGGUUCUUCGUUCCUAAGCUCAGCCUCCAAUUUGAUUUCAGCUGCCCAGGAUGAGCCCUCCACAACACCACCAACUUCUCGGAAGGGUUCUGCUGUUUCCCAAACCUCUGCCAAGACCACCACACCCCCUCCCCCCAAAAAAGAGUCAGGGACCUCUGAGGGCUCCCCCAAUCUUCAUAGACCACAAACACAGCAAGAUAAAAAUCCACAAAAGAAACCCCAGGACACGGAGCAAGCUAAAACAACUGCAGUCCAGCAAAAGAAUGGAUCUUCUUCUGCUCAGGUUGCUAAUACUGAUCAAAGCCCCAAAGUUCUUCCCAAAGCUUGUCCACUCUGCAAGGCGACCCUGAAAAAAGAUCCACCCAACUAUAGUUCCUGCACUGAAUGCAAGGCCACUGUGUGUAAUCAAUGUGGAUUCAAUCCUGUGCCUCAUCAAACAGAGGCAAAAGAGUGGCUUUGCCUAAACUGCCAGACACAGAGAGCCCUGAAAGGAAUGGAAUCUUCAGGGCAGCCCAUUCAGAAGUCCCUAACACAGGCCCCCAAAUCUGAAAAUGUGCAAUCUGCAGUUCAUUCUGGAGCAAAACAGCAUAGUAGUCCUGCCAGCCAACCAGCUUCUCAGAAAAAAGAAACGCAUGAACAACAGACUACUUCAGUAGCAGCAAAACAACAUCCCACGCCAAAACCUCUUCAGCAGCAGUCAGAAAAGGGUAAACCUACUCCUCCACUGUCUGAGCCACCAUCAAAGGCUGAGGCUCAUCAAGAACAGGCAGGAUUUUUUGGCUUUGGUUUUGGUGGUGCUCGAUCACGAUCACCAUCCCCUUCCCCACAGCCUGGUGUUUCUGCUGUGUCUGGAAAAGUUUUAGGAUUUGGGUCCUCCUUCCUGAGUUCAGCAUCAAAUAUCAUUUCAUCCGCUGUUCAAGAUGAAUUUACAGCACAGUCAACUUCUCACCAGGGAUCGUCAGUCUCCCAAAACACCCUUAAGACCACAACCACUCCCCCAACACCUCGUAAAGCAUCCACAACAUCCAAAGGUGCUUCUACGACAGUGUCUGCAGCAACAGCUAAUCAACCAACUGGUCAAAAAGAGAGCACAACAGAACUAACUGUUGACCAGAAAAACAAAGCACCAUUAUCUCAAGCUACAAAACCUGAACCUUCUCUCCAGAAAACAGACAAAGGUACACUGCCUUUACCCAAAUCUUGCCCACUCUGCAAAGUCGAAAUUAAAAAGGACCCUGUCAACUACAACACAUGCACAGAAUGUAAGAACACUGUGUGCAACCUAUGUGGAUUCAACCCAACACCUCACCAAACAGAGUUGAAAGAGUGGCUUUGUCUGAACUGUCAGACUCAGAGAGCUCUCAGAGGAAUGGAACCACCACGAUCUCCAAAGAUGGAAAUAUCAGCACAGCCAAACAAAAUCCCUGUUACUCAACCACUGGGUUCACCCUCAAUGCAGAAGAAAGAUUCUUCAGAUUUGAAAAAAACUGAAAAGAAGAUUGACCCUUCUCAUAAAUUACAGGAGCAACAAACCAAGGCACCAAAUGGCUCCCUGCCAAAGCAUAAAGCUCAGCAAAAUACUGAAACCAAAUCUGAAGCUCCUGGAAAGUCACCUAAGGAAGAGUCUGGAUUCUUUGGUUUUGGUGGUGCUAGGUCAAGGUCUCCUUCUCCUCAGCCUGCUGUGUCUUCUGUUUCUGGAAAGGUUUUGGGCUUUGGAUCCUCCUUCCUCAGUUCAGCAUCUAGUUUAAUAUCAUCUACUGUGCAGGAUGAAACUUCCAAUGCCCCACCAACAUCUCGCAAGGGAUCUACAGUUUCCCAAACCUCAAUGCUAACACCACCCACUUCUCGAAAAGGAUCAGUAGCUUUGCAGGACUCUAAAACACCACCAACAUCUCGCAAAGACAGCUCACAGCAAAACACACCACCACCUACACCCCAAAGGGGCUCUGCUGUUCCUCAGACCACAAAUCCAGCAGUCAAGACUUUGGCUACAUCCAGAGACAAACUCACUGGGGACACAACACAACCUACUGCACAGAAAGACGAGAAAAAGAUCAGCGAGUCACCUCAGUUAGCAAAUAAGUCAUCUGUGCAAGCAAAAAUAAACCAAUCAUUACUGUCUACAAAUGACAAAACCCUGCCACUUCCCAAAACUUGUCCACUUUGCAAGACAACUAUUAUCUCUGAUCCUCCAAACUUUAGCACCUGCACUGAUUGCAAAAACACUGUGUGUAAUCUUUGUGGAUUUAACCCCAUGCCUCAUCAAAAAGAGGUGAAGGAAUGGCUUUGUUUGAAUUGUCAAAUAAAGAGGGCCCCAGUACCUUCAACCCCAAACCCCCAGGUGCAGGCUAACAUGGUCUCACAACAAAACAAAAUAUCUCCAAUUCGACAAAAAGCAGGUAAAACUGAAAAUACAUCAACAACUGCCAUGGACAAGACCACUGCAACUUCAACAGCACAGAAGUCUCAAAUGGAAAAACACCCUCCACAGCAAGACACUUCAAAGCCUCAAAAACAAUUGCCAAAAGAUACCAGAACAUCAGACAAAACUGAAGCCACAACAAAAUCAGAGCCUUCUAAAGAAGAGUCAAGCUUCUUUGGCUUCGGUUUUGGUAGGUGCUCGAUCUCGAUCACCUUCUCCUCAACCUGCUGUCCCUGAGA